AUGUAUGGAUCAGGGUUUUUUUUAUCGAGAGUAGAGAAUCAUCUUGCUAAAAAGCCAAUUAGAUUCACCAAAAGACAACAAGAAGACAAGUCUGUCAACACAACUGAGGAUAACUCUAAUGCUACUACUACUGCUGCUGCUGCUGCUACACCAGCUUCAACAACUGUGCCAGAUAUUCUCAAGAAUGAUGUAGUUGAAUUUUCACCCGAUCAUGCAUUCUACAUUAAUCCACUUUUGUCAUCAGGUCAUACUCAAACUGCCUAUUCGGCCCUCAACAAAUUUGAUAAAGUUCAUCAGGUUCAUUAUAAGAGAGAAAUUUUAACUAUUCAAGAUACAAUAUAUACAUUACCCACUGGUGAAAAAUUAAAAUAUGAUCAAUGGAAAGGACAAUCAACCAUUGCUAUUGAUUAUGCUCUCAACUCAAACAGGUUUCAACAUGAUCCCAAUCAUUUGCAAUAUAAGCCAUCGCAUCAAGGUGACAAGUUACCACCAAGAACUGAGUUUAAAGACCCUCAACAAGAAUUGAUCAAAAACUCCGACGAUAAGCCAUUGGUUAUUGCGUUGCAUGGUUUAUCAGGUGGCUCAUAUGAAGCUUAUAUUAGAGCAGUUAUGGAGAAAGCCGUUGAUGAUCCAUACAAUUUUGAUGCUAUAGUGUUGAACUCACGUGGAUGUGCUUGGCAUACAAUUACUAGUCCACAGUUGUACAAUGGAUUAUGGACUAAUGAUUUACGAUACUUUAUCAAUGAAUAUGUCACCAAGAAAUGGCCCAACAAGCGUAUUUACUUGAUGGGAUUUUCAUUAGGAGGAGCUAUAUUGGCCAACUAUUUAGGUCAAGAGGCUGACGCUGUAUCUCCACAAAUUAAAGGAGCAGCAAUGUUUGGUACACCAUGGGAUUUCCCUGACGGAGCAUAUCAUUUAAGAGAUAGUAUUGUUGGGAAUAAAGUAUACUCGCCAACAAUGUGUCAAAACUUGUUGAAAUUAUUGACCCGUCAAUCUGAUUUGAUGAGUGGCUCACACGAUAUUAUUAAACAGUACAAGGAAGAUCCCACCAAAUUUCAAUUGAAAUUUUUAAAAGAUUUCGAUGACUACUUUACGAGUAGAUUAUUUGGGUUAAACUCAGCUAAUGAAUAUUAUCGUUUGGCUUCACCAAUACAACGAUUAAUGAAAAUUAGGGUGCCUACUUUGAUUGUUAGCUCUAAAGAUGAUCCAGUUACUGGAUCAAGAUCAUUACCAUAUUCAGAAACGGAAUUGAAUCCAUACGUUACAAUGGUUACCACCACAAUUGGAGGACAUUUAGGAUGGUUUACAUGGAAUGGUGGUAGAUGGUAUACAUCUCCCAUCUGUCAAUUUUUUGAUGAGUUGGACAAAUGGAAUGUUGAUGAAUCUAGUAUUGAUGAGAAUGUUGAUUUACCAUUUGAUAUUUCGCAUAGUUGGAAGUAUGAUAGAUUGGUGGAUAACAUGUUGGUUGAGUAA